AUGGCCCUAGACAUCCUAGACCUGCACACCUGUCUAUUCACACUAGACUUUCUCAGCAAACGGAAGAAUCUGCAGGCCUACGUCCUCGACGACAUCUUUGAUGGGAAAGACGACGACAAGCGCGUCGAAGUUCUCGUCGCGAGGGGUCUGCACUGCCUUCGGACGCUUGUUCGUGCGACGAAUGAGCAGCACGCCCUGGCAGCCUUCAAAGUCUUUCUGGUCGAGAUGGAGGUGCUCAGAGAGAUAGUACCCAGGCGAGAAGCGUCACAGCAGGCGAAAUCUUCCUUCCUAGACCUCGUGAGAUGUUUAGAUGUUGAUACCGAACGCGUAUCUUUGUACAGCCACCGACGCACGAUGUGGUCGAUAGCACUGGACUCGUUCGCAGGUUGGACGUGGCGUUGGGCACCAGGUGUGAAAGAUAUAGAGCGCAAGUACGCGUGGUGGGCAGACCUGGACACCUCAGAACAGACGGAUUCGGUAUCUACGGCGCAGUCUGCUCGGACGGUGUUGGUCAAUUCAGCUGGUAGCCCGACUGUAGCUGCCACGAUUCUGAUGCCGCGCGAUGGUCCAGCGACACCUCGGCGCGCAUCGUCCACGACGCUGCCGAGCUUUUCGACACUGCUAUCCGAUCUUCGACUAGCUUCUACUUCGACUUGGUCGAUGGCAUCGACGUCUUCUCCUGCUUCUCGAAACGUGACAUCUUCUACCUCUCAAAACGCAGGACCUUCUUCUAUCUCUCGGAGCGCCACGUCCUCUCCUACAGGUUAUCGAAGCGGAGCGCCUUCUCCUGAGCCCCGGCACACGACGCCAGUUCCACUUGUUCUCGCUGCACAGCCAGUCAGUUCUUAUACCGGCCAUCAACACUGCCUUGAGACGGUCAAACAACCUGCGGUGCUGCCCCCUAGAAUGCGAAAGCCAGGGCAGACUCAAGAGAUGCCGAUGACGCUUCCUAUCCCACAGGUCGGAGGCGGCCAUGAUAUGUGUGCGGGCUUAGUUCAAGAACUGAGAGCGAGGACAUUCGGAACUGAUAACCUCGCUGCUAUGCGAUCCCUAACCUCUGUACCACACGACACUAUAGAGAACUUGCGCAGACGUAAGGCUGCAGUGGCAAUGGCGGCCUCCAAUAGAGAAAGCAUAGGUAGACCCAGAGGCGCGAAGCACCAGGAAUCGACACCGCUGCCUCCGCCUUUCACUCGCGUUCCGUUACCGCAGCCGUUACCACAGGCAACAGCAUACAAUCUCCUAUAUUACCCGAGUCUGCAAGCGUCCUCCCUCAAUGCGGACUUGAUUCGUCAAGCUAUCGAGGACUCGGAUCCACGCUAUGCUGCGGUACGCAGACGCAUGCAGGAGGCAAAGGCAGCACCGAUGGGAAGCCUGGGUGAUGUGUAG